AUGCAACCGGCUUCCGAAACAGAUCCUCUCCCAACCCCACGUACAUUCCUCACCUCCCUCAUCAACGCCAUCUCCGCCAUCCCCUUAACGCCCGCAUCCGACCCACAACUUCACCCACCACAACCAGCAUCAUCGCCAUCACCACCCUCAUCAACCCCCCCACCAAUCCCAUCCACCCUCCCCCCAAAACCAAAGCCCAACCCCAACCAGCAAAGACCAUUAAACUCCGAAAAAGAACAAUCCUCCAGCAACAACAACAACAACAACAACAACAACCCCCUCCACCGCGUCCCACCCGCCUCUCGCCCACUUAUCACCACAUUACAUGUUCUAUUCCCGGGAUUGGUGCUGCCGGCGCUGGGUUUGUUGGAGAGGGGAUUUGUGGCGCGGGUUAGUGUUGAUGUUGAGGAGGGCGCUAGUGGCUUGAGGAGUGGGGUGGGAGUUGGUAGGACGAAGGACGGGGGUGAGGCUGGAGAGCGCGAUGGGAGGGAUGGGAAGGGGAAUGAGGAUGAGGAUGGGGGAGAUGGGGAUGGGGAUGGUAACGGAGACGAUGUUAGGUCAGCCGAAGCCGAGGUCCCAACCCCGGCCACGACGAAGCCAAAGGUGAAGCCUAACCCGACCAGGGAGAGUAACGCCAUAACACCUCCCUCCUUCUACCUCGUCCAAUCGGCCGCAGCAGCCGAGGCCGCACGCGAAAGAUGGCGACGACGACGGUACGGAGGAGGUGGAGGUGGAGCUGGCGGGGGUGGUGCGGAUGAGGGAGAUGGGGAAGAAACAAACGGGGCGAUGGGGACGACGGAAGCGAAGGUGUAUAUUGUCCGGCUGGAGGCGUGGCAUUGCACGUGUGCUGCUUUUGCAUUCUCUUCGGUUCAAGAUGGGGGGGAAUGGGAUGAGGAGGAGCAAGAUGAACAGGGCAAAGGUAAAGGGUUUGGGGAAGUUGAUGAGCCUAAGCCUGCGGGUGCUGAGAGAUCACAAGGGAAAUGGUCGUUUGGGGGACUAAGUUUGGAUGGGCUAGAGCCUGGGCUGGGAAAUGGUGUUUCGGUAUGUAAGCAUCUGCUCGCGUGUGUACUGGCGGACAGGUGGAGAGAAGCGUUGGGGAAGUACGUGGUUGAGCGGAAGAUGAGAAGGGAAGAGGUGGCGGGAAUUGUUGCAGAUGUGUAA